UCUCUCUCUCUCUCCCCGCGCCUCUCUUCCUGCCCGCGGCCCCGCUCUGCCUGCACCUUUUAUGCCUGGCGUCUGGCCGUCUCCCCCCCACUCAACCAUGGAUCUCACGGCGAGAUGUUGGCUUCUGCUGCCCUGCGUCGGAGCGAUACUGGCCAUCGAUUUGGAGGCGAUCGAUCCGGGCUACUUGGUGGCGGAGUCCGCGACCACGGCGGAUGUUAUCGACUAUAAGGAUCCCUGCAAGGCUGUUGCCUAUCUGGGAGACAUAGCUCUGGAUGAGGAGGACCUGCGACUAUUUAAAGUGGACAGAAUUAUAGAUUUAGCCAGAAGAACAGUCCAGAUUGUCAAUCACACAAAUACAGGGUCAACUCAUCAAAAUAGCCAGAACAGACAAGGCUCUGGCCGAAGGAAACGAGCCGCCACUUCCAGACCUGAGCGUGUUUGGCCUGAAGGUGUCAUUCCAUAUGUCAUCAGCGGUAAUUUUAGUGGCAGCCAGCGGGCCAUAUUCCGCCAAGCCAUGCGGCACUGGGAGAAGCACACCUGUGUCACCUUCAUUGAGAGGACACAGGAGGAGAGCUACAUUGUCUUUACCUACCGACCAUGUGGGUGCUGCUCCUACGUGGGCCGGCGUGGAGGAGGCCCCCAGGCCAUUUCUAUUGGCAAGAACUGUGACAAGUUUGGCAUCGUAGUCCACGAGUUGGGUCAUGUGAUCGGGUUCUGGCACGAGCACACGCGGCCCGAUCGAGACGAACACGUCAGCAUCAUCAGAGACAACAUUCAACCAGGUCAGGAGUACAACUUUUUGAAAAUGGAGCCAGGGGAGGUGGAUUCUUUGGGAGAAGUCUAUGACUUCGACAGCAUCAUGCACUACGCCAGGAACACCUUCUCCAGGGGCAUCUUCUUGGACACCAUCCUGCCGCGCUACGACGUGAACGGCGUGCGACCUCCCAUUGGCCAGAGGACCAGGCUGAGCAAGGGGGACAUCACUCAGGCACGCAAACUCUACAAAUGCUCCAGAUGUGGGGACAGUCUGCAGGAUAGCAGCGGGAACUUCUCCUCGCCAGGUUUCCCUAAUGGAUACUCGGCCUACAUGCACUGCAUCUGGAGAAUAUCAGUCACACCAGGAGAAAAGAUCAUUCUGAACUUCACCUCCAUGGAUCUGUACAGGAGUCACCUGUGUUGGUAUGACCAUGUGGAGAUCAGGGAUGGAUACUGGAGGAAGGCACCGCUCAAAGGCCGGUUUUGCGGAGACAAACUUCCUGAGCCAAUCAUCUCCACCGACAGCCGGCUGUGGAUCGAGUUCCGCAGCAGCAGCAACUGGGUUGGAAAAGGUUUCUCUGCCGUUUACGAAGCCAUCUGCGGCGGGGAGGUGAAGAAGGACAGCGGGCAGAUCCAGUCGCCCAACUACCCUGACGACUACCGGCCCAACAAGGCGUGCGUGUGGAAGGUGACGGUGGCUCAGGGCUACCACGUAGGCCUCACCUUCCAGUCCUUUGAAAUCGAGAGACAUGACAGUUGUGCCUACGACUACCUGGAGGUGCGUGAUGGCAACUCUGAGAACAGCCCCCUGCUGGGACGCUUCUGUGGCUACGACAAGCCCGACGACAUCAAGACCAGCUCCAACCAGCUGUGGAUGAAGUUUGUCUCUGACGGCUCCGUCAACAAGGCCGGCUUCGCCGCCAACUUCUUCAAAGAGAUGGAUGAGUGCUCCAAGCCGGACAACGGUCGCUGUGAGCAACGCUGCGUCAACACACUGGGCAGCUACAAGUGUGCCUGCGACCCGGGCUACGAGCUUGCUGCUGACAAGCGCAGCUGUGAGGCCGCCUGCGGAGGCUUCAUCACCAAGCUGAACGGCUCCAUCACCAGUCCAGGUUGGCCCCGGGAGUACCCGCCCAACAAGAACUGCAUCUGGCAGCUGGUGGCCCCCACACAGUACCGCAUCACUCUGCUCUUUGACGUCUUCGAGACUGAGGGCAAUGACGUGUGCAAGUACGACUACGUGGAGGUGCGCAGUGGACUCUCGGCCGACUCAAGACUACACGGGAAGUUCUGUGGCGCAGAGAAGCCGGAAGCCCUCACCUCGCAGUACAACAACAUGCGCAUCGAGUUCAAGUCUGACAACACCGUGUCCAAAAAGGGCUUUAAGGCGCAGUUUUUCUCAGACAAGGACGAGUGCUCCAAGGAGAACGGCGGCUGCCAACACGAGUGCGUCAACACCUUCGGCAGCUACAGCUGUCAGUGCAGGAGCGGCUUUGUGCUGCACGAGAACAAGCACGACUGCAAGGAGGCUGGCUGCGACCACACGGUGACCAGUGUGAGCGGGACCAUCACCAGCCCCAACUGGCCCGACAAAUACCCCAGCAAGAAGGCGUGCACCUGGGCACUGACCACCACGCCGGGCCACCGCAUCAAAAUAGCCUUCAAUGAGAUCGACAUGGAGGCCCACCUGGAGUGUGCCUACGACCACAUUGAGAUCUACGACGGCAAAGACGGCAAGGCUCAGACUCUCGGCCGCUUCUGUGGCACCAAGAAGCCGCCGCCCAUCACGUCCAGCGGGAACAAGCUCUUCAUCCGCUUCUUCUCCGACAACUCCGUGCAGAAGAAAGGCUUUGAGGCGGCCCACUCUGCAGAGUGCGGAGGUCGUCUGAAGGCCGAGGUAAAGACCAAAGACCUCUUCUCCCACGCCCAGUUCGGGGACAACAACUACCCGGGGGCCUCGGACUGCCAGUGGGUGAUCUCAGCGGAAAAGGGCUACGGCGUGGAGCUCAUCUUCCAGACCUUUGAGAUCGAGGAGGAAGCGGACUGCGGCUACGACUACAUGGAGCUCUUCGACGGCUCCGACACCAAGUCUCCACGCCUGGGACGCUACUGCGGAUCAGGGCCUCCAGAGGAGAUUUACUCUGCGGGCGACUCCAUUGUCAUCAAGUUCCGCUCGGACGACACCAUCAACAAGAAAGGAUUCCACGUGCGCUACACCAGCACCAAGUUCCAGGACACCCUGCACUCACGCAAGUGACGAGUGGGGGCCGCAAGGGGCCGUGCGGGGCAAAGGGGCGCCCGGAGGGGCCCCAAGGGGAGGCUCCAGCCUAACGCUCGGAAACCUUCGGCCACCACCGAUCAGACACGACAGAACAGAAGCAAGACCACCACCACCAAGCGCACCUCUAGCGCCCCCCGCAGACUGUGAGGAGUAAAGCCAUUCUGCUUGUUUUUACCUUUUUAUGGUUGGGUUGGGGUGGGGGGGUGAAGGUCCACCUUUGGUGGACAGCGGGGAGGGGAGGGGGGGGGAAGGGUUAAUUGACCAACCCCCUCCAGAUAAUUCUUUAGUUUUUUUGGUUUUUGGUGUUGUUUUUUUUCCAAGGUGCCAGCUGAAGCACGGCACCACCCAGUGGAUUCUCAGGACCUGCAAGAAGGAUGCUCCACGCCAAACCUUGGCAUCCGCCGUCAGCAGGAAGAGGAGGAUUGUGGGAAGGCAUCCCACGCUGCUCCCUCGUCUCUCCUCGUCGUCCUUGGAUGAGAAGGACUCGACAGGACUUGUUCUGUCAGUUUGCAUGUGAUCCAGAGAAGACGUGACAACACCAGCAUUUGUAUUGUUAGCAUAACUAAGGAAGCAGUUAUCUUAUUAAAGGACUAAUAAAUGAAAUGUGCUCCAA